CGGGGGCUCGUCCCGGCCGCGGGAGCCGGCGGCCCGGCGGGGCGCGGCGCUUAGGGCAUGCCAGGCGGCUCGCCCCGAUGUUUCACUGGGGCAAGUGGAAGAAGAGGAUGGGAGCGAGCGCCUCGUCCUCCAAGAGACCCGUCUUCGACGAGAGGGAGGACGUGAACUUUGACCACUUCCAGAUUCUCCGGGCGAUUGGGAAGGGAAGCUUUGGCAAGGUGUGCAUUGUGCAGAAGAGAGAUACUGAGAAGAUGUAUGCCAUGAAGUACAUGAACAAGCAGCAGUGCAUCGAAAGGGACGAGGUUCGCAACGUGUUCAGGGAGCUGGAAAUCCUGCAGGAGAUUGAGCACGUGUUCCUGGUGAACCUCUGGUACUCCUUCCAGGACGAGGAGGACAUGUUCAUGGUGGUGGACUUGCUCCUUGGGGGUGACCUACGCUAUCAUCUGCAGCAAAACGUGCAGUUUACAGAAGAAACAGUCAGACUGUACAUCUGUGAGAUGGCUCUGGCUCUAGACUACCUACGCAGUCAGCAUAUUAUUCACAGAGAUGUAAAACCAGACAACAUUCUCCUGGAUGAGCAAGGUCAUGCACAUUUAACAGAUUUUAAUAUUGCAACAAUAAUUAGGGAUGGUGAAAGAGCAACUGCGUUAGCUGGAACAAAGCCAUACAUGGCUCCAGAGAUUUUCCAUUCCUUCCUGAACGGCGGGACGGGUUACUCCUUCGAAGUGGAUUGGUGGUCGUUGGGAAUUAUGGCUUACGAACUCCUUCGGGGCUGGAGACCGUAUGACAUCCACUCCAACAACCCAGUGGAGUCCUUGGUCCAGCUGUUCAGUACUGUCAGCGUUCAGUACUCAUCCACGUGGUCAAAGGAAAUGGUUGCUCUGUUAAGGAAGCUGCUGACGGUGAACCCCGAGCACCGCUUCUCCUGCCUCGCCGACAUUCAGACGGCGGCCUACUUGUCAGGCGUGGUCUGGAGCGACGUCGGCGAGAAACGCGUGGAGCCGGGCUUCGUCCCGAACAAGGGCCGCCUGCACUGCGACCCCACCUUCGAGCUGGAGGAGAUGAUCCUGGAGUCGAGGCCCCUGCACAAGAAGAAGAAGAGGCUUGCAAAGAACAAGUCGAGGGACAACAGCAAAGACAGCUCCCAGUCCGAAAAUGACUAUCUCCAAGAAUGCCUUGAAGCUAUCCAGCAAGACUUUGUCAUCUUUAACAGAGAGAAGCUAAAGAAGAGCCAAGAGCAGACGAGCGAGUCCGUGUCCCCCCCCGAAACCACCGAUGAAGCCGAGACGGAGGCCGAGUCUGAGACCUCCAACUUGAACAUGUGCAGCUCCGUGUGCUCCUCGGCGGGCAGCAGCUAGGCUGGGGGCUGCCGGCCGCCCCGUCCCCGUCCCCCGUUCUCAGGUUGCGCUGAGUAACACCGGCUGCGCUCCGAGACAACCGGAGACGCACGACAAGUCGUCUCGCAAUGCUGUAGCAACACAGACAGUUCUCACAGAACCGAAUUCGGGAUUUAGGCGAAUGCCGGUCUGCACACUGGGGUGCCUGUCGUGGGUAAGGAUCCUUGCUAUGCAACUUGUCGGAGGAAGUAGACCAAUUUCUUUAUUUGUUCUUUUUUAAUGUCAGAUUGCUGAUCUGGACAUGCUUUUAACACACUAGGAUGCCAACAUACGAAGUUACACCUACAACAAAGGGGCACAGCAGGUGUGGAGCAGGAGGCAGGCUGAAUAGGGGUUACACCGUACUCUGGCAUUCCCGGUAGUGAGGGCUGCGCGGGGACGAGCGCUCCCACUGCGAGUCGAAGCAGCCCCAGAGCCUCGCUGGUCCCAGAGGGUGGCAGCAGCCUGGUGAGAGCCAAGGGCAAUGACGGUCCCGUGGUGUAGGGACGGCCCUGUGGCAUGGGAUGGGGUGGCCCGGGCACUCCCUUGUCUCUUCAUCACCUGCCAGAGUCUUUCUCCCGACUCCCGGCAAAUAAAUGUUUUCUGUGCACUCCAUGGAUUCUCCUGGGGCUGGGUAAUGAUUAAACGCAUAACUGAUAUGUAAAAUAUAUCUAAAUAUUUGCUUUCUUCACAUAGCUGUUGUGAGUUGCAAGGAGCUGUGCAAACGGAUCAGAUCAUUCUGGUGCUGUUUGUCCAGGUUCGGAGGAUUUAUUUCAUCAUAGGUGCAGAUUUUAGUGGAAGCAAAGUGGGUGGCCUUACAAUGCCGCUCGAUCACAAAGAGAGGGGAGUAUCUUAUUUCACCCUUCGAUUUAACUUUAUUUUCAGUGUAAAGUAAAACUGCUGUGUAUAAUUUA